GACUUGUACACUUGCGCAGGUGGACUGUUGUUGACCACCUGUUGUGCAGCAGUUCCAUGCGCGUUGGACUCACACUGACAGUUGAGCUCAGCUUGUCAGGAAGUGACUAUGUUCGCGUAAGCACGUGAACAGAUCCGACACGUCUCUGGGAAAUGUGCGGCCGUCUUUUUUGACAGCCGCGAGUUAAGACAUUACAGGGACAGUUUGCCUUGGAGGCAGGUUGACAGCAAAUUGUAUCCGCGAAGUUUGCGGACUGAGCCCUCCGGUGCAAACCUGGUUUUAGGAUCUAGGAGGAAGUAGACCAUCCUUCUCUCCAAGGAGCUACAGUGUUGGCGUUCUGUGCCACGCUAGUUGAGCAGACACGGAACUUUGGGGGACUUCUGAAGAGCUUGGCAAUGCACACAACACCGAAUCGUGUGGAUUGCGAAGAGCGAUGUUGAUUCUCUUCUUCUUGAGUUGUUUAGCGGGACGGGCCUUUUCGGCCUGUCCCACCGCGGGGAGUUCAGGGGCUACGGUCAACAUCCAGACGGGAGAAACAUGCACCUUGUCCCCCGGCGACUACAGCUUCUCGGGCCUCACCGUUUAUGGUACACUGGUGUUGGAAACGGCGGAGCCAAGUAUCGUGAGGAUCACCGUGGCUAACACCUUGGAUGUCAGGUCUUCGGGACGGAUUAGCAGUGACGGGCGGGGGUACAUCCACGACUCCGGACCGGGGGCGGGGAGCGGUACAUCUGGAGGUGGGCAUGGCGGGAGGGGCGGACAUCCCAGCGGUUCCUUCCUGACGUCCUCCCAGUCCCAGCCGUACGGCAGCGCCACGGAGCCCGUCCUGCCCGGGAGCGGCGGCGGGGGCGCACAAGGGGGAGCCGGCGGAGGAGUGGUGCACAUCACCGCCCAGACAAUCGCCGUCAACGGACCGAUAUCCGCAAACGGCCAGGACGCCGUAGGUGGGAAUGGCGGCGGCGGCAGUGGAGGGUCCGUGUACCUGUCGGCAACCUCAAGGCUGACCGGGAACGCUGCCAUUACGGCCACUGGAGGCCAGGGCAGCGGGACGGGAGGGGGUGGGAGCGGCGGCCGUGUCAGCAUCAGUGCGCCGUCAACUCCGUCAUACACGGGACAUAUUCUCACAUAUGGAGGAAAGGAAGGUGAUGCCGGCUCUGCUCCGUUGUCACCAAGCAGCAUGACAGGAAGUAGAUGCUAUAGCUCAUCCUACUGCCACAACAACGGAAACCUGCAGGCUUCUGGUAACACUAAUGGAUACUGGCGCCCUCGCUAUCAAGACACCAGUCAGUACCUACAGGCCAACUUCCGCGAACCAGGCUACGUUUACAGCAUAGAAACCCGAGGCAGGCCUUCCUCUAACUGGUACGUGCGGACCUACGAACUGCAGUACACCGAGGACGGGACCAACUGGCAAUACGUCAAGGACCCGAACACAGGCUCCAACAAAGUAUUCACAGGGAACAAUGACGGAAACACCAUUGUCACCAACGACCUGGAUUAUUCCAUAUUGGCCAAACAAAUCCGUGUGAGGCCAAAAACGUGGAACAGUGACAUUGCACUGGCGGUCAGGUUCAAUGGAAAAACCCAGACGGCUGAUGGCGAAUUGGUCGGGUCCGAGUGUACAGCUAACACAGGACCAGAACCAGGCGGACCCGGGACUGUAGUUCGUCUCUACGGCACAACACCAGGCACCAGGAACCUGGUGGUAGACAACAAGUACCGUCUGCCAAAGAUAGGACUAACCACUUCUUGUCAGAAAUACGACAUUGAGAAAUCUGGAUCAGCAGCAUGGGUGACGGACGCAUCUCCCAGCUCAUUCGACAGCAUUUCCCUCAGCAAUGGCGGCCAUCUUGUCAUCGGGAUGGAUAUCUCUGCACAGACAGUCACGGGAGAUGACACCUCAGUUCUGCAUGUCAUCUCGCAGAAGACCUUCAGUCUAGGACAAACACUGUCAGCUCAGACCUACGUGGAGUCUCAAGGGAUACUGGAUCUACCCUAUAACCCACAGACCGCAUUCACAAAGGAUGUCACAGUCUACGGCACUAUUGGUGACUCGGCUGACCCUGCCCUGACGGUUCAAGGUUCCAGCACUCUGACUGUCCAGCCAGAAGGGGACCACACCUGUAGGUUCAGAAAGUUACACGUCGAAACUAACUCCAAAGUGCUGUUGCAGAAUGCCACCAACCCGGGACACUGUGGAACAAGUCUGAUGAUAAGUGGGACGCCUGUGGUUAAUGAAGAACAGGUACGUGUGGGACAGAAUGCAGAGUUGUCCGUGAGCUGUACCUUGACCCUCAAUAUGACAGAGAUGAGAAUAGGAGGAAGUGGUGGAACUAUCACAACACAUGCCGCUGAUUUCUCACAGAUCACAACAUCUUUCACCAUCAACAAUGGUGCCACUCUGAUAUUCAAUCAUGCUGUCUCAGGCUUGUCUGUAUCUCAGAUAAAUGUUGGAGGCACCCUCCAGUCUAAAAGUCCCCUGGACAUAGUCUGUGAAAGCUUCAAUGUCCAAACCACAGGUACAGUGACCUUGGACUCAACCAAUGGUGGAUCAGAAGUGUGGAGGAGCUUCAACUCAACUCUGCAAGCAGAAGAUGUCACAGUGGAUGGUACCUUCAUGGCCGGGGCUCUUGAUGAAGGUACAGGCUGGGAUAAUCUCAGAGUGGGAGGCACGUUUGCACUACAAGUUAACAGUGACGAACUCUCAGUCAAUGCAUUCAGGAUCACUCAAUCUGGCACUGUAGAUAUUCUCAAUCCUGUGGUCAUCAGAGGGCGGGACCAACCACUGGUCCAGGAGUUUGUCAUGGAAAGAAGCAGCAGCCUUACCCUAGAUAAAGGAGGGCUUACAAACAGCAUUCAGACAAAUACCUCCUAUUCUGAGUUCCACUUUGAGACUGUAUCAGUGAAUGGGCACCUCACAGCAAAAUCCCUGUCAGCUGGAGAUGGGUGGUCCAUUUUGACUGUACAGGAGUACGGUGUAUUCAGCCUUCGCGCUGUGGGAACCUUCCAGAUUGAUAAGCUGUACAUUGAUGGAAAGAUUGAGGUGGCAAACAGUAUCUUUCUGAAGGGGAAGACAGUACAACGGAUCAGACAGCUUACAGUGGGACCAAAUGCAGGAAAGCUCUAUUUGGACAAAGAUGGUCGAGAUGCGGGGAACUGGACUGGCAUCUCCAAGGUUUGUGUUCACAUGGCAGUUAUCCAGGGAGAGUUCCUCGCAGGACUUCUCACAGUCCAGGCCAUAGCCUCCCCUCAGAACGGGUGGGAUGUGCUCUACGUGAAUGGCUCGGGAUCGCUGGAGUUCGAUCCACACCAAGACUUCUCUGUUGAUGUGAUCGAAAUCAAUGGCACCUUGAAGACCUUCAAUCCAGUUGUCAUACAUGGCCUGUCAACUAAUCAGAUUCCGAGGAUUCUGAUUGGUCCAUCAGGGGAGGUUCUUCUGGACACCAAUGGAGGAGGGCAGAACGACUGGCGAGAUGUCCCAUCAGAAAUACAUACCGAAGAGAUGGUGGUCCUGGGAUCGCUUCAUGCAGGUGCUGUGGACAUGGGGAUUGGCUGGGAUGUCCUGGAGGUGGGCGGGACCUACACCUUCCAGUCCUCCACGUCUGAAGUUCAGGUCAACCAGGUCACCAUUGGUGGGUCCGUCAGGGUUCUGAAUCCGGUGUUGAUUCGAGGGCGGGAUGACGUUGAUGUACAGACCUUGGAUAUGGCACCGGGUAGCUCUCUCACGCUGGACAGUGGUGACUAUGCAGGCACUGCUUCCAUCCAUCGUCCAUAUUCCGAACUCCUGAUGAACAGAGCAACAGUCAAUGGCACUCUGACCGGGAAAGACCUCUCCUUCAGCAUCAACAGUCUAGACGUUGGAGGCACCAUGACAUUUGAUGCCAACUCCACUGAAGUUGACUCCUUCAUCAUUGACAAUGGUGGCCGUGUGUCUGUCGAUGCUGCCAUGACAAUGAUAGGAAAAUCCAAGAACAGAACUGGGCAUGUCCUGAUUGCUGGUACAUAUAUCGGGGAACAGAUGUAUCUGUUUGUAGAGACAAUCACGGUGACCUCUACAGGUGUGAUCAAUGUUGACAAAGGUGGACACUUUGGUGGACAAGGUCCAGGAGCUGGAACAUCUUCCUCAUCUGGUGCCUCGGGUGCCAGCCAUGGUGGAAGGGGCGGCCGCGGCGAUUCCACAUAUGGACCUUCACGAAACCUUCCAUAUGGUGACAUCUUCAGUAAAGGAACACUGGGGAGUGGAGGGGGGAACAAAACUUCCAGUGGAGGAGGGCGUGGGGGAGGCCUGAUACACCUGGAUGGGAUUGACUUUACUUUGGAUGGGAGAAUCAGCACUAAUGGGGGAGAUGCAACCGUGACAUACGCUGGGGGAGGAAGUGGUGGAUCACUAUGGGUGACCUGUGACCGUUUCCAUGGUGAUGGACACAUAUACAGUAAUGGUGGUAAUGGGAACAGAGGUGGGGGUGGAGCCGGAGGGAGGGUAACCAUCUACUACAACACUGGCAACUUCAAGAGUGGACACAUUGAAGCAAAAGGUGGCAGCUCUGGUAGCUCCUCAACAGAACCAGGAGGUCCAGGCAUGGCCUACAUGGAAGGGACAAACCCAGUCAACAAAAACCUGCGGGUCGACAACAAAUGUCAAGAGCCGCAGGUCACCAUGCCAACUGGGGAUCGUGCAGGAGAAGAGCAGUUUGCACAAUACAUACAAACAGGUGCCGUUGCCUACCUAUUGCCACCUGAAGAUGACUUUGAAUAUGAGUUCACACUGAUAGAGGUAUAUGGCAGUGCACACCUAACUGUCAGUGGGAACAGGACAACAAUUCGUGCAACACAAGUACUUGGAGAUGACACAGGAUAUGUACACCUGCCACCAUAUCACACCCUCCAUAUCACAGAGGUUUCUCCAUACAAGAGAGCUAACAUCACCUGGGCUCCCUACAUCUAUGAGAAUGCUACAUUGAUCCUCCCCACAGCUACCAUAGAACUGAGACAGCCCUUUGAUGAAAGCCAGUACAACAGUGAUAACUGUGCCACCAGCAGGCUCCGAAGUGCAGAGGUGAAGAUAUGGGGAACCUUGGACAGCUCACAGGCACACGUAAUUGUUGGAUCAGGUGGGACUUUGACAAUGCAGCUCCCCAGCCCCAGGUAUUUGGAGAUGGUAGGACUGACUGUACAAGAUGGUGGCACCUUACAACUCAAUAGUCACUAUGGGAAGGAGGGUGACCAGUGGCUAGUGCAGGUUUAUCCAGAUGAGAAGGAAGGUAAGAAGAGGGAUGGUUCAGUAACACUUGAAGGUGGAGGACUGUUGAAGGCUAGGAACCUGUACCUGGAGGCACACACCCUGACUGUGGACUCAGCAGCAGUCCUGGACGUGUCCGAGCAGGGUGAUAUCGAGGGAGCAGGGGUGGGGUCCAGCAGAGCAGGGGCCGGAUACGGGGGGCAAGGUGGCCGAGGGUCAAUCAGCAGUGCACCAACUGGUACACCCUAUGGAAAUCUGUAUCAGCCAGUGUCAUUUGGAAGUGGAGGAUCUGGUGGGAGUUCUUACACAACUCCAGGUGGAGGGAUCCUUCAUGUGAACAUCACAAAGGUGUUGAAGGUGGAAGGAGAGAUCCGAGCCAAUGGGAAGAGAGGACAGAGCUAUGAUGGAGGAGGCAGUGGAGGCAGCAUCUGGCUCCAUGUAGAUGAAUUUGAAGGAUCAGGAACUGUCAUGGCCAAUGGUGGUAAUGGUGGCACGUAUGGCGGAGGUGGGGGAGGGGGGCGGAUAGCUGUGCACUGGAGGAAGCGAGACUUCUGGUUUGGAAAGCUGCAAACAUUUGGUGGCAGGCCUUAUGGAAGCUCAUCUCCAUACAGUAUUGGUGGAAGUGGUACAAUAUACAUGGAGGACCUAACACCAAAUGUUGCCAACCGCACCCUCAUUGUUGACAACAACAACCAAAACCCUCUGUCAACAGAGAUAACCAACUACGAACCUUUGUCUCAAGAAGCCAGCCGCACCUGGAUCAUACAGAACCAAACAGAACAUGAGUCUGAAGAAAUCCAUGUUUUCAGACAUGCUCAUUUGGCUUUGCAUCCAGAUGUUAUCAGUUUGAAGACAUACAAAUUUGUAGGAGAUGGAACAGGAUACCUGCAUAUAUUACCAGGCCAGUAUGUCAUUGGCCAGUUCCCUGACCACUCCCAGUUUGACCUCAACGUCAUCGUGCACGAGGAAGGUCAUCUGAUUCUGCCUCCAUCCUUCAGCUGCCGAGGGGUCACCUUCACUGUCAGGGGCUAUAUCGAUGUCCAUGACAUGACAGUUGCUGAUGGUUGUAAGCUGUACCUAGCACCCUCUGGUGGAACCAGGCAGAAUAACAGCCUCUCCCAGCCCGGCACCUACAGGUUUGACUCCCUGACAGUGGCAUAUGGUGGAGAGGUCACAACUCCGGCUGAUGUCACAGAUGGAAAUGGAAAUAUCACAUUCCAGGUUGGUAAACUGCACAUCCAAGGUGAUGGCCUCCUGCACGCGGUACGUCUGGACAUCACGGCAGCAGAAGUGGUGAUUGAUGACCUGGGAAGGCUGGUGGGGGACGUACAUGAGAUGCCGUGUGUGGACGGAUCAGGCUCUGGAUCAGGCUAUGGCAGCAGUGGUGCUGGACAUGGUGGCAGAGGAGGGCGUGGUUCCCACUACAGGACUACAGGCAGUGCAUUUGGCCACUUGUUUGAACCCAGAGAUGUUGGGUGCAGAGGAGGUCACUCUAACCCUACAUAUGCUGGGAAAGGUGGUGGAGCAAUCGUGCUGAACGUAACAGAAAAACUUCAGGUGGAUGGCCUGAUCAGUGUGGAUGGAGGAGAUGCUGAGAACAAUGCAGCAGGAGGAGGGAGUGGAGGCAGUCUCUUCAUCCAUACAAAACUGAUGCGGGGUUACGGUGUUGUGUCAGCCAAUGGAGGGCAAGGGCACUCCUACUCAAGCAGCUAUGGAGGAGGGGGAGGAGCGGGAGGACGGAUUGCUGUCUACUUCGCUGUGAACCGAACCUUCUCAGGAUCCUUCCAGGCCUACGGAGGACUGGGAGGGACCUCAGCAGGUGUCGGGGGUCCUGGAACAAUCUUCUUCUACCAUAAAGUACACAAUCACACAACUCUGCUGCUCCACAACAAUGGCACUGGGCCGUCUGAGGAGGAAAACUCCAUCGAGGACUAUCACAACCUGUCUGAGGAUGAGAGCAGGGCAUGGUUUCUGCCAUUUCAUGGGGAACAUGAAUUUGCAGGUGAUCAAAACUACUACUUUGACGAGCUCCAGAUCUAUGGGAAUGCCCACCUGGCAGUCCUGACAGAUCCCCCCGACCAACCUGCCACUAUCUUCUUCCAGAAUAUGAUAGGAGAUCGGACAGGGGCCAUCCAUGUAGGCAACAACCAGAGCAUGGACCUUCAGAGAGAAGAGAUUGACCUGCCCUUCAGUGUGCAUGUGUAUCAGGGUGGCCACAUUGGAAUGGCUCCAGACACUUUCGUCCACGGGGUCAGCAUUAUUCUGAAUGGUGUUCUAUCCCAUGUGUUGAACUUGACCCUGCAUCACGAAGGACAUUUCUAUCUCAACAGACAUGGCAGAACGGUAUCUGAUGAUGAGGAAGGGCUGUAUGUGUUUGACAUGGUGCAUGUACAAGACCAAGGAUACAUUCACAUGAUCUCAGACCCAGUCAGCGAACAUGGCAUCACAUUCCAAACCAGGAUUCUGCACAUAGAUGGCGGCGGUCUGGUGGAAGGGACACAUUUGUAUGUUCACUCAGAAAAUAUCACCAUUGAUGAUGGGGGAACGUUGUCAGCUGAUGGGCACGGAUACUCGGCUGAUGACGGGUCCAGCCUGAACCCGGACGGUACCUAUCGCAGGGGCCUUCACGGCAUCAUCAACAUCGGUCUGGGCUCCGUGGAGAACUUAAACGCAGCCUCUGGAGGAGGACAUGGGGGAGUGGCGGCCAUGGAAAAAACACAGAACACACUGGACAGCCAUAUGGGGAUAUCUACGAGCCUGACCAGUUUGGCAGUGCAGGAGGGGGGACAGACGGUGGGUCCGGUGGUGGAAGGAUCUGGUUCAACGUCACCAACACCAUCCACAUUGACGGCACCGUGUCUGCCAGUGGUAUUAAUGGAGAUGGGUCAAGUCCAAGUGGAGGAGGCAGUGGUGGGAGCAUCUGGAUGAACUGUCAUCUCAUCAAGGGCUCUGGUGUCAUAGCAACCAAUGGUGGAGCUGGCUCAAGCCACCCUAACUACCCAGCAGGGGGAGGGGCUGGAGGGCGGAUAGCAUUGUACUUCAGGGAUAAUGCCACCUCAACAGGCUUCUCUUACCAGUCACAUGGGGGGGCUUGUGGUGAUGACACCCCUGACUCAGAGUGUGAAGGAGGGGGACCGGGAACUAUUUUCCUGUACCAUCUGCAUCAUGAGCAUAGGACACUGAUUGUUGAAAAUGGUGGACAUGACCCAAGAAGAAAGGCUAUUGACUGGGACAAUCUGGACAAGGACGGCUGCCGAGGAUGGAUCCUGCCCAACUCGGGAAGACACUACUUAGCCAGCUAUGGACACGACUACCACUUUGAGGAAUUACAAAUAUAUGACAGUGCCCACCUUGCUGUCCUGUCACCAACACUUUCG